AUGCCAAUCUGCAUUGAAUGUCGGCACCCCGUCAAAACGCUGUGGACCAAAUACUCAGGCACUGGAGAUGGAGACAAGGUCAGCGGCCACAACAUUCGCCUGACGGUAUGCAAAAACUGUGGAAGAUUCUGCGACAAGUAUGUCGAGCAUGACUUUGUGGUCUUGUUUGUGGACUUGGUCCUCAUCAAACCUCAGGUCUACCGGCAUUUGCUACACAACUCGCUGAUGCGGGACGGAGACCGAUUUGAUCCUACUAUGAUACGGCUUGGCAUUCUUCUGCUUCUCUUCGACGUCUAUCUCACCUGGGCGCGGAUCGAAAAGCAGUUUAACACCAGCAGUAGCGCAGACCAAUCCAGCUUCAGUCGCAUAGCGCAGCAGCCCAUUGUGCUACAGUACAUGUUCUUUUUACUGCUGUGCACUCUCUCGAACCUAGCCUUCCACCUAUCGAUCCGUCUGCUCACGUCAUCCCCGUGGUCACCGUUGGUCCUUCUUGGCCUUCUCCCAGCACCGUUCGAAAGGCCCAAUUCCGUAUCGACAGCACUGCUCGUGUCAUCCUCUACGAAACUGUUUCCGAUACUCAUGGUCAUAUGGAAUUACGACGUACCUGCAGCUGCCCGUAGUCUUGGCUGGGCCGUCGUGGCGAACAAUGUCGAGGCGCUUAUGAUACUCCUCGACUGCGGCUACGGCGCGGCAGCUUUGUUGACUACCGCUGGUGCGCUGAGCAGAUGGGCCAUCAGCAGCGCAUUUCUCACUGCUGCGGGUUUGGAAGGAGUGUCGGUGGCAGCAGAGACGAGCAUAGCCGAAGACGGAAGAGCACUGUGGGCAUUCUUGCUUACUGCAAAUGAAUGGGCCGGCAGGCUGGCCACGGGUUGA